CACAUAAGCGCCAGCGCUGAUAAGUACUACUACUAUAUACAUACAAUACCUACCAGAAUCAAAUGAAUCAGAGAUCUUGUUCCUGAGAUAACGGGAUCCUUCAUGUUAGUUAAACCUUCAGCACCAAGAGCAAGGUACCUACCAUUCUAGACGGACCCAAAAUCAGAUCACGAUAUCGAUCUUCAUCAGACCCCUCAGCUCUGCUAUGGAGCACGACUCCUUGGAUGAUGAAGUGGUCGAGUAUGAAAACGACGCUGACCUUCCAUUCGUCAAUUCCCGCAACGAGUCGGCAGUUGGCUCCCAUCCGGAUGUGGACUAUGCGAUACGAGUCCGUCCAGAAGAUCCAGAGAAGAAGGUAGUGGUCAAGAAGACCAUCCGAAUCAAGCAUGAAGAUACAAUGCCUCUAGAAACUUCCAAAGUCACUUGUCAAAGAGAGGCCAAAAUCAUGCGUGCGGCCCGGCAUGCUCACACCAUAGAAGUCAUCGCAACGUAUUUCUACAAACCUCCCACUGAGCCGAAUAUACUCAAUUUCUAUAUCGUCAUGGCCAAUGCUGAAAGAGGAGAUCUCUCGAAAUUCCUCGGAUCCGAUAGCCUGAACUUCAAGCUCAAUGAACGAUGGAUCGGAUGUUUGAUAAGAGUUGUAGCCUAUAUUCACAGGCUGGGGAUUCGACAUAGGGAUAUCAAGCCCCCGAAUAUCCUCGUAAAUGCUAAAAACGAGGUGCUCUUGGCUGACUUCGGGAUAUCUAAAAUGAGUCUCGGGAAGACGGUACCAACGACCAUGCCUGGGUGGAACAAGCCCAGGACACCAUCCUACUGUGCCCCGGAAGUGGACGAGGCUCCAGGACGGACCCGCGGCCGGUCGGCAGACAUCUUCUCUUUGGGAGCGGUGAUUCUUGAGAUGCUCCUCUCCCUCUUCCACUCGGCCGACUACAAAGAGUUGGUUCACAUAGUCGGAACUGGCGCAAAUAGGUCGUACGCCAGAAAUAUCAACAAGGUGCAUGAUUUUCUAGACAAGCGCAUAGCGACACGCGGCCAGCAUGCGGAGAUGUUCGAGCUCUGCCGGAAGAUGCUAGACAACAACCGAGACCAGCGCCCUCAGGCCGACACGAUCGAGUCACAGUGGUUGAGCGGGAGCCUUAUGUCGGUGAAUGAUCAGCUCCAGUGUUCCACAUGCGACCAGAGCAUACCAGUGACGAAAGAGCACAAUCUUGUUGAAGCGUGCAGAAACGAUUGGCUGGGGGAGGUAGAGAGGUUGCUCAUUUCAGGAGCGAAGGCGAGCGCAACGGGAGCGAUACACCAAGCUGCUCGCUGCACUACGCAGCCCAAUAUGGGCAUGAAGGAGUGACGGAGUAUUUGCUAAAUAAAGAAGCGGAUGUGAGAGCAAUUGACCUUGAGGGGCAAACACCACUACACUGCGCAGCUGCGAAUGG